AACAGAACUUAGUUGACAUUGCACCAAAUAACAACACUUACCUUUUAAAUCAUGUGCAGAUUAGACUUUAAGUUAAUAUUGUUAGUUAGUUUAAUCUCGUCAUGUGCUUGUACUGUGACAGUUGUAAGAGACUUAAUACAAUUCAAUAUCGCUGGUCACCCUGUGCUUCACAAAGAAUCGGCAUGGAACUUCGAUCCGGAGGUUGGUGCUAGACGUUCCCGACAAUAUCAGGAACUAAAUGGAAAAUUUGGUGAGAAAGCGAUAGAACGAUUAGGAUUAGGAAUUGAUGGUUACGACCAGGAGCGAUUAGCUCAGCAAAGAACGAGAGAUCAAGGACAUCUAGAUGGUGCGACUGAAUAAAACUCU